AGUACGUCCGUGUUUUUAAACGUGAAGGUAUCGAACAUACACUGUAUAGGGGUUAUUUGUUUUUGAUCAAAAUGACCGAUUUAUGAGAGUUUUAGUGAUGUGUAUGUUGAAUUUGACUGUGAUAGUGACAGAAUUUUGGAUAUAUCUACUAAUAUAGGUAAUUCGUGAGUCAUCGAUUAUUUUUUUCGAAAUUACCUACACGAAACAUUUUUCAAAUAUAUUUUUAUCUUUAAUAAAAUCGUGUGAAAAAAUGAUGAAUAUUUCAGAUAAGAUCCAGUCCUCAACGACGUUACGAAACAAUUGCUUGCUUCUACACAGCCUAAUAUGACCAAAGAAACUGUUCGCGUCUUGAAGUGAUUUUUUUUGAGUUUUCCUAUUUCGUAUAAUCGAUUUUUGAAUUUUUCGCGUGUGUAGUGUUAUAAAAAACUCAGUAACUGAUGAUUAUGGAGAUGACUAAUGAAUUACCUCGGUGGUACGAGAGUCCUAGAACGGGGACUUCGGCUAGUCCGGGACAAGGCAUUGACGCGGGAAAUUCAGACAUUGCUUCCGGUGUCGCAGAACAUAUGGGGACAUUCUUUUUAGAUCCCUCGGGUUCGCAGAGAGCCGCUAGGUAUUACCAUCAGACGAUGCACUCAUCUUACGGCAGUCACGCGUCCCGAAUGACGACAGGACAAGUGUGUAGGCCUCACUUCCACGCUCCUCUCCAUCCUUGGUUGUCGGACAGUACCAAACCCCUCGGUCACUCAAGUCCAUGGGUACCGUUUGGUGGUGGCGAUCCCGAUAAAUCUCAGUCUCCUAGUUCGGUACCUACACAAGCUCAUAACAUUUUCUCCUUUCCUCCUACUCCGCCCAAAGAUUCUACACCGGAUUCUGUCGCGCCCUCUGCUGGAGGUCCCGAAUAUCAAAGUGCCGUCUCAGUUGCCAUGGGAGCUUUCAUGCACGAGAACCCCCAAUCUUGUGCAUUGGAUGUGAAACCUACAGGCAUGGGGGGAUCCAAUAAUAAGCAGCGAGAAGGUAGUGAUUACGAAGGGGGCACUAUGUUUAAUGGUAACUUUGAAGGCACGUAUGGGACUGCGUAUGCCCACGGUAUUCAUGGGGGUGCUUAUUCGCCCCCUAACAAGCAGCAUUUGGGUAAUACUGGGGCGCACGGUGUUCAAUCGCCGAAUAAACCCCGGAAUAAGUCGAGAACGAGCGCCGAGGGUAGAGAAUGUGUGAAUUGUGGAGCGACAAGUACGCCGUUAUGGAGACGUGAUGGUACAGGCCAUUAUCUCUGCAAUGCAUGUGGUCUUUAUUACAAGAUGAAUGGACAAAAUAGACCACUCAUCAAACCUAAAAGAAGACUGAGUUUACAAAGCGCAGCGAGAAGAGCGGGAACUAGUUGUGCGAAUUGCAAAACCACGACUACGACCCUUUGGAGGCGAAAUCAGAACGGGGAGCCAGUUUGUAAUGCCUGCGGACUAUACUAUAAACUACACAACGUGAAUAGGCCGCUCACGAUGAAAAAAGAAGGAAUUCAAACUCGUAACCGGAAACUAUCAUCCAAAAGUAAAAAGAAGAAGUCAGGAGCGUCCUGUUUGUCUUUGGGAGGAAUGAUGGGUGAUAUGAUGAAACCGUUAGACGGUACUAAAGGUGCUUUUGGUGGUGGUUUUGGCGCUGGAAUGGGUGGGGGACACCCGCAUCUUAAUGCUGCACUUCAUCCUCAUCACGCCAUGACACAUUGGCAUCAGUAUCAGCAUACACAAGGCUUUGUUUCGGGACCACCUCCACCCGCGCCACCAUCCGCUGCCUCUUAUCAUCACCAUAUGAGCUCAUUAAGUGCAGCUGGAUUAGGACUGACAUCAAAUGGAAUGACCAGUUGGCGAUCGGAAUAUACGUGAUAAGGAACGUUAAACGAUUUUUAAGGAAUUUAUUUAUAAACGUCUUAUGUAGAUAUAGGCUAAGAUCAAAAAAUAUAAAAAGAACCUUAAAAAAUGAACAUUCUAAACUGGUCAAUAUAUCUCUGUGUAUUUGUAUCCAAUUAAAUAUAUAUUUUGUGAAAUAUUAUGAUGGUACUUUUUCAUAGGAUUAUUUCAUCGACCGCAUCCGAAUAUUAGCUUCGAGUAUUAUUCAUAGUUUACACAAGUAGCAUUAGAAAGGAAGGUAUGAGUCAAUAUUCUUGAAGAUUUUCUUGAUAAGUACAAAUUUUUUAUAUACAUUUUUUUGAGAAAUGCUUGCAUGAAUUUCACGAUUUCUAUCGAUUAAUCAAUAUAAUAAAAAAAUUAAGUUACUUUAAACAGAAAUAUUCAGUUUAUGAGACCGAUUGAAAUAUUUUUUGAGAAAUUACCAUAUCAGCGAUCUGUGACCAGUUUGUAUAUGUAUAAAAAUUUAAGUACAAAAUCGAACUCUGUAAUGUAAUGUAAAUAUCAUGUAGUUUGUCAAGUAGAGAUUUUUAAUACAAGUGAUGAUAUAAAAAAAUUAAAAACAUGUGCAAUCUUCACGUUGGAAUAUUAUGUUUGUGAGAGUGAGAUGAUUCGCGGAAAUUUUGCUAGGAUUGUUCAUCAAAAUUUCAAAUAUCAUAUGUAUAAGCAGAAAUCGAUAAAUUUUCAUUACAUUAAAAUCAUUAUUUUUUUUGUUUUUCUCCAGAUUAAAAUUUCCUAUCAAGCCGAACGAUGACUCAUUUUCUUCGUUAUUUUGUGAGUUAUGAAUUAAAUUUACAAAUGAAGUGUAAAGUGCCUUUUGUUUAAAGACACAGUUGGAAUUUGUAAAAUAUUUAUUGUCAUAAGAAAUUUCUUGGUAGAUCAAAACCAAAACCUAACCACAAUUAUUGGCGAUUUCCUAGUGAAUAUUUAAUAUUAACGCUAUUGAAUAUUUAUUGUAACGUUUUGAAUUCUGAUGAAUAAUCCAUGUUUAGAUAAUGAUAGACUGCAAAUAAUGUAAAUAAAUUUUUGAUUCUGAUAAAAGCCGACCAACAGUUCUAUGCAAUUCACGUUUAUGUGUAUAUUCAUUGUAAAACCUUUAGAUUUAAAUAAAUAUUCUCGGUAUUAAUUUUGAAUCAGUUUUCAUGAAUGAAGUUUUGAAAAAUUGGAAUUAUAGUCGGUACAUGAAUAGUGGCAAGAAAAAUCUUAUAUAAACUGUAUAUAAAUUUCGUUCGGUUUUGAUUAUUGAGAUUAUUUUCUUAUUGAAAAAAAUAUGUACAGUUUUUGAGAAAAUAAAUAAAAUGGUUUUUUUUUCUGGUA